GGAUUUUACCGAUCGCACUGAAAUUUUCCCAUGAUUCUUCAUUAGUCGGAUCCCCCUCUAGGAAGCAAUUGAGGUGUGGUCGAAUGUUUAAUGACUCAGUGCUUCGAAUGGUAGAACUGACUGUAGAAUAACAUAUAGGUAUUUUUGUAAAUAAGAAUCUGCUGAAAAAUGGCAGCCAUUAGAAAGAAGUUGGUAAUCGUAGGAGAUGGUGCUUGUGGUAAAACCUGUCUCCUCAUCGUCUUCAGCAAAGACCAGUUCCCAGAAGUCUAUGUCCCAACUGUCUUUGAAAACUAUGUGGCAGACAUUGAGGUCGAUGGAAAGCAGGUUGAGUUGGCAUUAUGGGAUACAGCGGGACAGGAAGACUACGACAGACUCCGCCCACUCUCCUACCCCGACACAGACGUCAUACUUAUGUGCUUCUCUAUAGAUAGCCCCGACAGUUUAGAAAACAUCCCAGAAAAAUGGACGCCCGAAGUCAAACACUUCUGUCCAAAUGUCCCCAUUAUUCUGGUUGGCAACAAGAAAGAUACCAGAAACGACCCCAACACACAAAAAGAGCUCAAAAAAAGCAAACAGGAACCAGUCAAAUCGCAAGAGGGCCAGGCGAUGGCCGAACAAAUCCACGCUUUCGCCUACCUCGAAUGUUCCGCUAAAACAAAGGAGGGAGUGAGGGAGGUGUUUGAAACAGCCACUAGGGCAGCUCUUCAAGUUGAGUUGGCAUUAUGGGAUACAGCGGGACAGGAAGACUACGACAGACUCCGCCCACUCUCCUACCCCGACACAGACGUCAUACUUAUGUGCUUCUCUAUAGAUAGCCCCGACAGUUUAGAAAACAUCCCAGAAAAAUGGACGCCCGAAGUCAAACACUUCUGUCCCAGUGUCCCAAUUAUCCUCGUAGGCAACAAAAAGGAUCUAAGAAAUGACGAGAGUACGAAGCGAGAGCUGAUGAAGAUGAAACAGGAGCCUGUACGACCGGAAGACGGGCGUGCCAUGGCCGAGAAGAUCAACGCAUAUGGGUACUUGGAGUGUUCGGCUAAAACAAAGGAGGGUGUUCGCGAGGUAUUCGAGAACGCUACCAGAGCAGCGCUUCAAACCAAGAAAAAGAAGAAGGGAAUAUGCGUCACCCUAUAACUUUUACUGCGCAUGUCAGGGAGGGUCCAUCUCUUGUUUCUUAAAACUGACAUUUAUUUUGUAAAAAAGGAAUGGAAAAGCGGAAUCUGAGCUCCCGACUGUAGAGGAGUAAAUAUAAACAAAAGCGCCAUUCCUGAUUCUGAACAAAGUUAUCAUAACGUGUAAUCAUUACUUAGUGUUUAUCAUUUGUAAAGAUGCUGUGUAACAAGCCUUGACAUUCUGACUGUGUGACGUGUACAUUUGUGUCAUGACGUAAUGUUUCCAUGGAUACCGCUCCGCGUGCAUUUUUUAUUAAUAAUUUUUUACGACAUCCGGCGGACGGAGUGAAUUUAACCUUUCUAAAUUGUUUUAAGUUUUCUGAUAGUCGUAAUUCUAUUGUUCAGAGGGAGAAUGACAACAACUUUUUAUUCAUGUACUCUUAUUUAAGUUCGUAAUCUUUCAUUGUUUAAUUAUUGCGUAGCUUGUCUAAUAAAUGGAACCAAAGAUAAA